AUGUCCAAGAUGGGCAGGAUCAUUUUCUAUGAGGACAAAAACUUCCAAGGCCGCCGCUAUGAGUGCGACAGCGACUGCACCGACUUCCACACCUACCUGAACCGCUGCAACUCCAUCCGAGUGGAGAGCGGUACCUGGGUGGUCUAUGAGCGCCCCAACUACAUGGGCUACCAGUACGUGCUAACCAGGGGCGAGUACCCAGAGUACCUGCGCUGGAUGGGCCUCAAUGACCGGCUCAGCUCCUGCAAGAUGAUCCACUUUACAAGUGGAACUCAGUACAAGGUGCAGCUGUAUGACAAGGCGGACUUUGCGGGUCAGGCCUUCGAGGCCACCGAGGACUGCCCCUCUGUUCUGGAGCGUUACCGCCUGAGGGAGGUGCAUUCCUGCAAGGUCCUGGACGGCUACUGGGUCUUCUAUGAGCACCCCAACUACCGUGGCCGCCAGUACUUUCUGGAGAAGGGCGAGUACCGCAAACCUGUGGACUGGGGUGCCGUGUGUCCCACCGUCCAGUCCUUCCGCCGCCUCACUGAGUGACCAUUCACCUCUCCGGGGCUAGUGCCCU